CCGGCGUCUUCUAUCAAUCUUGUCCACGGGAAAAUGGUGUUUCAUUUUGUGGAAAUGCAGUACUCUGAUCAGAUCGUUCGAAGAUACAUGAGAGCGGCUGUGUGAGCUGCGUGUAAUGGUGAAUGUUCCAGCCUUCUCGAACGCUCAAGAUGGGGCGACGUCCAGCGAGAUGCUACCGUUACUGUAAGAACAAGCCUUACCCGAAGUCGCGCUUCUGUCGCGGUGUGCCAGACCCGAAGAUCCGUAUCUUUGAUCUCGGUCGAAAGAAGGCUUCGGUGGAAGAUUUUCCGCUCUGCGUCCAUCUCGUAUCGGACGAGUAUGAACAGCUGAGCUCGGAAGCGCUCGAGGCAGGUCGUAUCUGUUGCAAUAAGUACCUGGUUAAGUUCUGUGGCAAGGACCAGUUCCACAUUCGCAUGCGUCUCCACCCGUUCCACGUGAUUCGCAUCAACAAAAUGUUGUCCUGUGCCGGAGCUGAUAGGCUCCAAACAGGAAUGCGUGGUGCUUUCGGCAAACCGCAAGGUACGGUGGCGCGUGUCAACAUCGGUCAGCCGAUCAUGUCGGUGCGAUCGAGCGACCGAUUCAAGCCGCAGGUGAUCGAAGCGCUGCGUCGCGCGAAGUUCAAGUUCCCCGGUCGUCAGAAGAUUUUCGUGUCGAAGAAAUGGGGCUUCACCAAGUACGACCGCGAAGUGUACCAGAAGCAUAACGAAGACGGUCGCCUUGUCCAGGACGGAUGUGGCGUACAGUUCCGCAACGAUCACGGACCAUUGGUCAAAUGGGAACAGCAUGAGCGUGACCGACUUGCCGCCUAAAAGGAUCAACGGGGGAAAAAAGCACGAUAAUGGAAUAUUGGGGGGGAAAAAAAGAACCGGAUUUUCUGUGGACAAUGGUUGUAUUGAUGACUUUCAAUGGAUCUUCUGCGUGGAAAACAUACAUCGCGCAAAGUAUGAAGUUUUCAAUACUGUAAGCAUCUGCUGGAUACGAAAUACAUGCUGUUGAGCCUGGAAAAA